CCCUACAUCCCGCGAAUGGCCUCCGCCGUCUCCUCGCCCGCGGCCUCCGCCGUCGCCGCCGCCCGGUCCAAGGUGUUUGGAGGAGGGAGGAAGGAUGGGAUGGCCGGGUGCCGCGUCGGGGUCGCGAGGAAGAAUCUUGGCCGUGUCGCGAUGGCACUUGCAGUAGACACUUCUCGAUUCGAAGGAGUGCCAAUGGCCCCUCCAGACCCAAUUCUUGGUGUGUCGGAAGCAUUUAGAGCAGACACAAGUGACCUGAAGCUCAACCUUGGUGUUGGCGCCUACAGAACGGAAGAGCUACAGCCCGCUGUCUUGAACGUAGUCAAGAAGGCUGAAAAUCUCAUGUUGGAGAAAGGAGAAUUCAAGGAGUAUCUGCCUAUUGAAGGUUUAGCUGCAUUUAACAAAGCAACCGCAGAUCUAUUGCUUGGAGCUGAUAAUCCCGCCAUCAAGCAAGGACGGGUUGCCACUCUUCAGUCUCUGUCAGGGACUGGAUCAUUACGCCUUGCAGCGGCAUUUAUUCAAAGAUAUUUCCCUGAUGCAAAAGUACUUAUAUCAUCUCCUACAUGGGGUAACCACAAGAACAUAUUCAAUGAUGCCAGGGUACCUUGGUCAGAGUACCGGUAUUAUGAUCCCAAGACUGUUGGGCUGGAUUUUGAGGGAAUGAUAGCUGACAUACAGGCUGCCCCAGAAGGGUCUUUUGUUCUGCUACAUGGUUGUGCUCACAAUCCAACUGGAAUAGACCCAACUCCGCAACAGUGGGAGAGACUUGCAGAUGUGAUUCAAGAGAAAAACCAUAUGCCUUUCUUUGAUGUUGCAUAUCAGGGUUUUGCCAGUGGAAGCCUUGAUGAAGAUGCAUAUUCUGUCAGGCUUUUUGUUGAGCGUGGCCUGGAAGUGUUUGUUGCGCAGUCUUACAGCAAGAACCUUGGUCUAUAUGCAGAAAGAAUUGGUGCAAUUAAUGUCAUUUGCUCAGCACCAGAAGUUGCAGAUAGGGUGAAGAGCCAGCUGAAACGGUUGGCAAGGCCCAUGUACUCAAACCCACCUGUUCAUGGUGCUAAGAUCGUCGCCAAUGUUGUUGGAGACCCUACCAUGUUCAGUGAAUGGAAAGAAGAGAUGGCACAAAUGGCUGGGCGGAUCAAGAAUGUACGGCAGAAGCUUUAUGAUAGCUUAUCUGCAAAGGACCAGACUGGCAAGGACUGGUCUUUCAUUCUGAGCCAGAUAGGCAUGUUCUCCUACACGGGCUUGAACAGAACCCAGAGUGAUAACAUGACCGAUAAAUGGCACAUAUACAUGACCAAGGAUGGGAGAAUUUCAUUGGCCGGAUUGAACCUGGCGAAGUGUGAGUAUCUCGCGGACGCCAUCAUCGACUCCUUCCAUAACGUCAACUAGGUUAUAAUUGGGGGCCACACUGUUGCGAUUAAUUCUUUUGAUAGUAAUAUAUGCUGGCAUUUUUGGGUCCUUCCAGCGUGAGUUUUCAGUCAGGAUAGUGUGUCCGUUUCGUGAAUUCCAGAGGUAAUAAAGGAAAUUCUGCCAGUACAGAGAAACUCAUGUAAAGUCAGCAUGGUGUUUACAAGCUUGUAAUACUAAGUAUAAUGACAUCUACAGUUUAAUGCACAUGUCGAGGUUUA